AAAUUACAUUUAUAGCAUUGAUUGGUUUCUAUAAUGAGCUACCAUAACCUAUAAUAUACAUAUAAAAAUUUAUUCGAAAUAAAUAUUUUAUUUCUUUCAUAAUUAAAUACAAACAAAUACAUUAACAUGUGGCCAGCAGUUCGGAAUAUAUUACGGAAUUACCCCAGACUUGGUCAUUCUUGUAAUGUAGUAUUGAAUCAACAAGUUAGAACAACUUUCAUCGUGAAACGCACAAAUCCUGUACGUCUCCACAAAAAAAAUAUGCCACCUAAAACUAUGCGAAGCAAACAUUAUAUAUAUGAAUUAGUAAAAGAUACGUCAACUGAAAAGCAAGCUCCAUUGAAAUUAAUAUUAACAUCUCAUGUGGAAGGUUUAGGUAGUAAAGGGGAAGUAGUAGAAGUAAAAGCUGCUUAUGGAUAUAAUAAUUUAAUAUUAUUACAAAAAGCUGUCUAUGCAAAUGAAGAAAAUCUUAUUAAGUACGCUGAUUUGAAACAAGACGUUAAGGAUAAACCAUCUUCUCCAAUUGUACCUAUUUUAAUGAUGUCUCUAGACAAAAUGGUCUUAUCCGUUAUUAUGAACAUGGAAUCUCCAUGGACAAUAAAACCAUGGCAUAUAAAGGUCUCUUUCAGAAAAUGCGGAUGGGAAGUGCCUGAAAAAGCAAUAAUACUUCCAGAAACUCCAAUCAAAGGUCCUAAUAUGAACAUGGAAGGAAAAGAAUUUGUUAUUACUGUUCAGUUUAGUCCUAAAGAAAAACAAGAGGUCAGAUGUAGAGUGCAUCACUGGAGUACUGAUCCAUCUGAUAGAUUACCAUAUAUUAAAGAGUUUUGGAAGAUCCCAGUUGGGUCGGUGUUUGAUGGAAUAGAAAACAAUGAACAGCAAUUACAGUAAAAAAGUAUUAUUAUUAUAAUUUUUUUUAUAAUACCAGGAAGAGAAGCCAUGAAUUGAAAGGAAGCAAGAAGACCUUAUGAAAUGGUUCAAAUGAUUUGUGUCUUUUGUGAUACAGAAUAACAAUUUAAAGUAAAAAAGAUGGUGCGAC